ACACUAUUCAUGUUCUCUUGCACUUAUUUACUUUUGCUUUUUACUUGUAGCAGUAAGUAUAUAAACUGUGAGUGUCAAGUUAGGCAUUAAAGGAAGAAUGUUAUUGUGCAAACUAUUUAGUUACUAGUAAACAAAUAAAUACAUACGUUCGUACAAUAUUAGAAUAUUUAGCAAAUAUCAGUCAUUUUAAACACUAUAAAGUUAUGUGCAACUGUCUACAGUGAUAAAAAGUGAUUAAAAAUUUUCAAUUGAAAGCAAUUGUAAUUGAAAAUGAAGAUCAUUUACUUUAUAAAAUAAAUCACAAUUUUUGUAUAGCCUACACAGUGUUGUAAAUAUAUACUUCAUGAAAAGCAGCAUUGUAUAAACGAAAAUAAUAAUGAAUACUGUAAAAAAUAACUGUGAAACUGGAAAUGGUUUGGAGGAUCUUGGUAUACCUGGACAAGUUUUCUUAAGAGAUGCUCUAACAAGUUGCACAGAUCCAUUGAAAGCAAUUGAAGAAUUUCAGUUAGAAAAUGGCAUUUUGCUGCCAUCCUUGCGACCUAUGUUACCUUUACUUGAUCUUCAUGGAGUCAGAAGAUUGGACUUUCAUGCAUCUGUCCUCGAAGAAUUACGAGAAAAACUUGUGAAGCGAAUUACUGAGAUUGGAACAGAAAGAGCUGACAAAGGUUCAGCAGGAGAUAGAAGACUGAAGGAGUUACUGUCCAAAAGUUUUCCAGCUGUAAGAGUUUCAGCAUUAAGACCUGUUGUUAUGUGCAUUUUAAGAAACACACCACACAUAGAAGAUAAAUAUUUACGUGUACUUGUUCGAGAAAAAGAAUUGUAUAAUGAUGCAGACACUGAAGUUAAACGACAAAUUUGGAAAGAUAAUCAAAGUUUAUUUGGAGAUGAAGUUUCUCCUUUAUUUAGUAGAUACAUUAUUGAAAAAGAGCAAAUACUGUUUGAUCAUAGGAAUUUAAACAGUCUCUUCUUCACUCCUUCUCCCAAGGUGAGAAGACAAGGUGAAGUAGUACAAAAACUAGCUCAUAUGAUUGGACAUAGUGUAAAAUUGUAUGAUAUGGUAUUACAAUUUUUAAGAACCCUAUUUUUACGUACAAAAAAUAUACAUUAUUGUACAUUAAGAGCUGAAUUACUAAUGGCCUUACAUGAUUUAGAGGUACAAGACAUUAUUUCUGUUGAUCCAUGUCAUAAAUUUACAUGGUGCCUUGAUGCAUGCAUUAGAGAAAAAAAUGUUGAUAUCAAAAGGUCCCGUGAGUUACAAGGUUUUUUGGAUAGUAUUAAGAGAGGACAAGAACAGGUAUUAGGGGACUUGAGCAUGACGUUAUGCGACCCGUAUGCGGUAAACUUUCUUGCUAGCAGUGCAAUCAAAAUAGCACUCCAUUUAAUAAAUGGUGAAUCAUUGCCUAGAGAAAAUGCAGUUCUUGUACUGCUAUUAAGAAUGCUUGCAUUAGGCUUGUCUGCCUGGCAAAUGAUUGAUUCACAAGAUUUCAAGGAGCCAAAAUUGGAUAGUCAAGUUGUUACAAAGUUUCUACCAGCACUUAUGUCUUUGAUGGUAGAUGAUCAAAUAAGACAACUAAAUUGUAAACUGCCGCCUGAUGAAAGAGAAAGUGCAAUUGCUAUCAUUGAGCAUUCUGGUCCACCUCCUGAUGCUUGUCAAGCAUAUGCACAACUCUCAGGAGUUGCAGCUGUUUUAUCUAUGUAUUAUGCAUUGCAUGUAGGCGGAGGUAGUGGAGUAGGAAGAGGAAGAGGCGAUGCUAGAGGAUUAAUGAGAGUAUUGGCGACUUUACCGAAUUGUCAAGCACAACGUGCAUUCGAAGAUCCUUUUUUACAUACUUUGGUAUCUUUGUUAAUAUUAAAUAUGGCCGAUGAAUUUUCUAACGAAUCAUUCUGUACAGUGAUAUUUGAUGAAUUCUUCUUGGCAGGCUUAGGCAGAGACAAUGUUACACGUCAUUUAUUAAAACUUCUUUGGUAUAUUCAUUCAAAAUUACCACCAACCCGUCUACAUACAUUAAUGAAAGCGCUUCAACCAACUAGUCAGCAUAACGAAGCUGUACAUAACCUCUAUGAAGCUUUACGUGAUAAAAUUGGGAAUCGAUCUACAGAAGAUCAGUUAGGGACAGCAGUACAAAUGGAUACAUUAGGACUUGAUUGUCCACCUUCUCCUCUUACCGGUGUACCUACACCAUCUUCGCUGUAAAAACUAGAGAAUACAGGUUUUUGCUAUUUAGUAUUGUGAAAAAAAUGAACCUUAUUUUAUAGUAAAUUUACUUGCAGGCGA